GACUUGAUGAGUGCGGUCCAUUUGUGGGUCAGUGAAAAGCAUACUAAGCUGGUGCGUUGAAUAGGUGGCAGGGAGGGGAGGGCAGGGGAGGGCCCCCUUUUACCAAAAAAAAAAAAAGAACAACACACUAACCUAAAAGCCCACUUUAACAUCACACAGUCAAAGAUGCCUUUCCACAAAGCAGGAUCUCAAUUUAGCCCGAGCACAAUGAGGGCACCUUAUUUCCCAGCGAGGUCUGUCCUUUUCCGCAAGGAGCCCAACGGGGUGACCUACCGCGUACCGGCGUUGCUCUACUUGCCCCGCUGCAGCUCCUUUCUGGCCUUCUGCGAGGAGAGACUCAGCCCUUCUGAUUCCCAUGCUCACCUGCUGGUCAUGAGAAGAGGGACUUUCUUCACAAAUUAUGUUGAGUGGGAAGGCAUGGACGCUGUGGGCACAGCGUACCUGCCGGGCCAUCGCUCCAUGAACCCGUGCCCGGUGUACGACGACUUCACAGGCACCCUCUUCCUGUUCUUCAUCGCUAUUCUGGGCCACAUCCCCGAAUCCUUCCAGCUGGCCACGGGGAAGAACCUAACACGCCUCUGCUAUGUCUCCAGCACGGACAAUGGCGUCACGUGGGGUCCGGCCACUGACCUCACACAGCAGGUCAUUGGAGACACUAUCAAAGAAUGGGCCACCUUUGCACUCGGCCCAGGCCAUGGCAUCCAGCUCAAGUCCGGACGCCUCCUCAUUCCCGCCUACGCCUACCACAUCGAGUGCAAGCAGUGCUUCGGAAAGCUGUGUCAGACGUCCCCGCGCGCCUUCUGUUUUCACAGCGACACCCACGGGCGAACGUGGCGUUUAGGGGACACUGUUCCGGGCCCGGAGAGCGUGGAGUGCCAGGUGGUGUCGGUGGACGAGGAGGACGGGACCAACUUCUUGUACUGCAAUGCACGCAGCCGGCUGGGCUUCAGGGUGCAAGCCCUCAGUCUGGACGACGGGGCCACCUUUCAGGAGGGUCAGCUGGUGCAGCGGUUGGUGGAGCCUCGUAAUGGUUGUCAUGGUAGCGUAGUGGGCUUCCCGGCUCCACUACAUUUACAUCUUGAGUUCCACUCGCGGCUACUCACCCAGAACUCUAGACACUAUUUAACCUCCCCCAUCCCAUCACAAAAAAACAGCUGCCCAGAUUUCCUCACCCCCACGUGGGUGCUGUAUUCCCACCCAACAUGGACCAGCGCGCGAAAGGAUCUAGGCGUCUUCUUGAGUCUUUACCCCCGGGACCCUGACAGCUGGCGAGGGCCCUGGGUGAUUUACGAGGGUCCGUCUGCCUACUCUGACCUGGCGUACGUGGAGCUGCCGUCCUCGCCCGGCUCCCCACCCGCCGUGGCCUUCGCCUGCCUGUUGGAGUGCGGCUCCAGGACGGCCUACGACGAGAUCUGCUUCUGCAUCUUCACUCUCUAUGAGCUCAUCGAUAACCUCCCGACAGCUGAGACCCUCGUAAGCGGAGAGUGUAACAAACAGCAAGGGCCUGAAGCCAAUGCAGGCGGAUGUGAUGCUCUACACACGAAGAAGAGUAGGAAGAAGAAGCUUGGUGACUUUUGUGCUCUGUCUUGAACUGAGUUUGCAAAAUGCCUUGUCCAGUCAUAUUUCAUAGAAUUUUGUCAAGUGAACCACUGAAUAUUCACAGUGGGGCAUUUACAAAUGUAUUUAUUUUUUAACCUAUCCUCCAUUAUUCAAUGAAAACCUCACCGAUUUGCUCUUUUUGUAACCAGGACAAAGCAAUUAAUGUAUUACUUUGGCAUCUAAGUGUAGUUUGGUUUCAUUCAAUGAUGUUUUUUUUUUUUUCAUCUGCGUUUGAAAUGUCCUUUUGUUGGCAGUCCUUGAACACACCCCAUGCACAGUAAAAGUGAAAUUAUGUUUUUACUUCUCUACCGAUGUAGCUAAAAAAAGCCAUUGUAUGCUAAUUUGCGUUACAAUUUGCCUGUAUUCUCGAAGAACUAUUGUGUGUAAAUGCCAAAAGGGGAAUUAAAUCACUUAUACUCUUUGUGCUAAGUGCUAGUGCGCAUAUUUGUGAUUGCACGUCGGUUUAUGCUAUCGUGUUAUUUAGGCUAGUAUGCUGGCUAACACAACUAUCGAUGAGCGUCAUGAGGGUGGUUUGCUGAAUGAUUUAACUAUUUAAUACACUUAUGUAACAUGGGUUCAUGAUUGUGUACAUUCUAGAUGCAUGCAUGGUGUUGAUGCGUUGCUGAUUCUGUGUCUGUGUUACAACAGAUCACGGUAAAUAAAUAAAUCCAAACAAAAUACCAGUCUCCUUUUAAUUGC